GACAGACAAAUUUCCCCCUUUAACAGCUAGCAUGCCAUACAUGUCAGUCACGACCCGCCCAGAGAGUGAGAUAGUGAGGGAGGGCUGCUCGACCAGGCUGCUCCACAGGUAAGCCUACCGCUCCUGUCUAUCCUAUCCAUCCAUGUCAAAAGAUAGAUGAUUCAUCCAUGUACAAAUCGGAUCGGAUGCAGUCAACCAUGAGUUCGCCCAUCAGCCACGUCCAUCCGAAUGCAUGCCCUUAUCUACACAUCCACGAAUUCCAUCCAAGUGUCUGCCUGCCUGCCUGCCUGUCUGCACACCCCUCAUCUAGCCCCUCGCCAACCCCCGUCAGUCAGCCAGCCAGCCAGCCAGCCAGCGGCAGUAUGUAUGGCUACUAUCUAUCUACGAGUCCAGAUCAGAUUGCCACCCGCUGCCUGUCCCUCCCCCGUCACCCGUCAAUGUGCAUGUCGUCCCCCUCCUCCUCUUUGAUCUCCACCUUGGGCUGCUUGGCGGACCGGUCCUCCUCCUCUAGGGGCUCGCUCUUCACAUCCUGAUUAUUGAUGGAUGCCAACCAACACCACACAACGAACGACCCGUGUGGACAGGCGUGUCUCUCUUGUAGACGUGCUCAGAGAGAUACAUACAUACAUAUGCAUACUCUUUUGACGCCCUGCUGCAGCACGGGUCUGGCAGCCGUCAGGCUCUCAGGCGGCAGCUGCAGUGCACCACACGACACACACCAAUCCAUGCAUGAGAAGUGGGUGGGUGGGUGUGCCUCCCUCCUCCCUCCUGUAGCCAGGUGUCUGCAUGUAAGUUGUGUGGGGCGUCCGUACGUAUUUGUGGACGUCCUCUAUCAUGUGUGUGGCCUCAGCCUUGAAGUCGAUGGGGUCUGCGUUCUGUAUGUAGCCCUUGGGACGCACUUCGCCUUGGUACAACUCGGGCUUGCAACGAAGAACCACCGUGUACUCCUGAUGGAUGGAUGGAUUGAUAUAUCGACACACAAACGAGUGACGGGACACGACAUACCACGAUUGAAGAUGCGAGUGCGUGUCUGUGUGUGUGUGUGUAUGUGUAUGUGUAUGUGUGUGUAUACCUCAUAGGUGGCAGUUCCGAGUGCGCCAAUGUGUUUGUCUAUGUCCUCUGUCCUGCCCUCCUCCUCCAGCUUCUUGUACGUACUAGCCUCCAUGCACAACAACUUCUCACCUUAAUCAAUCAAUAGACCGAUGGAUGGAUGGACAUACCGACACGCAUACAUACAUACAUACAAGACACCCCACCCGGGGGCAGUUUGAUGUGUAUGUAAGUCAGUAUGGAUGGCUGGCAGGCAUGUGCCACCUACGUACGUACCGAUUUCGUGUGUGAUGGUGACGAGGCCGCUGUGGGUGGUGUCGUUGAUGGACGCAGGGAAAAUGAACCUGCACGUCACAUACCAUGCACGCCAAACAAGGGAGGGACGAGCUCUCUCUGGCGAUUUGAAUGAAUGUGUCAAAGAAGGUGAGGUACUGUCUUACUUGGGUUCGGGGAGGACGGCCUUGUCACAUGUGAUGCAGCGAUAGGCGGAGUUCUCCUCAACGCACUUCUUGCGACACGCAGGGCACGCCUGAAGGAAGGCACGCACCAAACAUACACCAUAACACACACACACACAGGUGCAUCCACCCGUCCCACACAUGUGUGUCUCUCGUCGGUCUGUCUGUCUGUCUGUCUGCCCGUCCCUUAGGUCCGUCGUGCGUACCGUAGCGUACCAUGUAUGUGAGUGGUAUCUGGUUGGACCCGCCCUCCUUCUUUUGCAUCUCACGCCGGACCACAGCCAGACGGGCAAACGCGCGGUAAUACGAUAACUGCAGUAACCAUGAAGGAUGAAUGGCGGGAGGGUGGGCGGGGGGGAUGGAUGGUUGUUAAUGUGAUGGAGCACACAUGCAGAGGUCUGUCUGUCUGUCCUGCCUUGGUUCUCUCUCUCCAGGUGUAGGCAGGUACGUACCUGAUCUACCUCCCAGGUGUCCUCCUCCUCCAUUAUCUGCCGCAGCGUCUGCAACCACACACACACACACAGCACAGCACAGUACCAGCUGUGUGUACAGUGAGAUGGUUAGCUUGCAUGCUCACGGCGUCUUUGAUUUCCCUUCGUCUGCCCGUCCCGCCCUCCCCGCCCCCCGGACCAACCAUCAUGCCCGCAUAACGGGCACUGCUACCGUGCUGAACACGCCAUGACAUGACACACACGCAGGGGGACAGGCACACACAGACAGACACCACACAAUACAUUACACACUAAAAGUUGGAUUUGGCAGGCAGUCCCUAGUUGGCGUUGGUGGGCUGCCUGCCUGCCUGCCUGGCUGGCUGGCUGACUGACCUGUGUGUACCAUUCCCUGAGUUGUUUGGCCUUUGGGUCAUCGCAGCCCUCGUACACCACACGACUGCUGCGCGUCGAACUACCGGACAACAUACCUGCACACACACACACACGUAUCCACCCAGGUGAUUCGCCGGGAUGUCUUUGUGGGGGGGUCGGUCGAUAUGGGUGCAUUGCAUUGCAUUGCAUGUAAGUGUGUGGGUGGGUGUGUGUGUGUGUGGGUGUCCUUCCUUCGUGGUGUGUGUGACCUUGGUAUUCCUUCAUGAGUACGUCUUUGAAGGCCACGACAGGGUUGUUCUUGAGCUUCUCCUCCGACACCUCAGCCUACAUGUAAUCGUGGAAGCCAAGCCAACACACUUCCCAUAUAUCCACACAUGCACAGUGUACGUACGUAUGUAUAUCCCUUCUCCUCCCCUCCCCAGGGUGGGUGUGCGGGUGUGUGUGUGUGUGUGUCGGGGGGCUGGAAGGGUUCCUCCCUCCCUCCCUCUAGGCCUACCUCUUUGCCGAUCAGUGCGAGGUCGAUUUGGUGUUCGCUGUCGUCGACGAGUGUGAGUGCACGUUUGGCGAGGGAUAUGGUCUUGUUAUCGCGUGUGAAUGUGAUGGUCUCGGGCGGGCGGAAGGUCUUGACGACGGCUAUCAGGUCCACGGGGAACGGACCGUUGUGCUUCUUGGCCUUGGCCCUGAUCUCACGCAAAUCCAUAAACGAAAACCUGCACACAACACACACACCCAUAAAUGAGGACACACGGAGGCAAACAUGCACGCGUAUAUGGGGAAUGGGGGGGGAUGCAAGGGUGCGGUGCGGGCGGCAUCGUGCCCAUCCAUAUGUGUGUGUGUGUGUGGCUCUAGGCCUAGAGGCAGGGUGGCUGGCUGGCUGACCGUGGUGCGGUAGAGAUUCUCCUGUCAUCGGUGCAGUGCUGGAUGCUGGCGGCGCCGUCGAAGUGGAUCUCAUAGGCGUGCUGGGUCCUGUUGUAGCGCGAAUUCGCUAUCCGCACCGUGCCCUGGCUGAACGUGUACACCUGCACCGCAUCCAGCAUUGAGAGAGAGAACCACCUUUGACACACGUAAGUACCCUCACCCCUUGCCACACCAUCCCCCAUCCAUCCAUCGACUCAGGUCUCCACCUCACCUCUCCCUCUACGAUUUUGUCAUGCCACUGCUCGGCAGCAGUGCCCCAGAACUGAGCCCUGAUCUCGUCAUCCUGCACACAACACAUAUAAGCACACACCGCACCGUAUGCAUAUAUCGCCUCUCCGGCGUUCUCUCAAUCUACAGACGUCAUGGAUCCAUCCAUCCAUCCAUCCAUGCGUACAUCUUUGUCGAUGAGUGUGACGCUGAAGACGGCGCCUUCGCCGACGGCGGGGGGUUUGCGUUUGAAUCGGUUGAGCUCCGACUUCUGCGUCACGCGGGCCUUGAUGGUCCACCGGGCGAAGUGGGUGCUCAACUCACGCACGGGGAAGUACUCAGUCGGAUCCGCAUCACCCGACAUCCCUCGCGGAUGUCGCCUGAGCCCUCUGCGCGUGUGUUUGGUUCCAUACAAACUCCAACUCCCAGAACCCUGGGCGUAAAUUGACACGCACGAUUCGUCAACUCAGUCUCAUCCUACAUCUACACCAAGCCACCCAGCUAGCUACAUCACACACAUGCCUCCUCCCUCGCCCGCUACUAGCCCACCCAAGGCAU